UGUCGGUUGUUGGGCGACCAUCAAAGCUAUAAAUGAUACGUACACACCCUUGCCAGCCUUCUUAAACUCGUUCUUUCACCCUCUUCCUUUACUCCUCUUUUCCUCCUCUACUUCCAGUUUACUUUCAUUUAUUCCUUGCCAGGCAGCAGGAACCUUCUAGCACUCAUUUUUCAAACCUCGUUCCAAUCUUCACUUUUUUCCGACCCUCAAGAUGUUCUCUCGUACGAUUAUCUGCGCCUUAAUGGCUUUCUUUUUGGCUGGUCUGGCAACCGCCUCGCCUUUGCCCAUGCCGCUCCAGUUCGCUCGUAGGGGUGGUCUUGGACCUGUUGACACUAUCGAAGUGUACCGUCGUGAAAACCUUGUUGUGAGAGACCACGGUAUUCAGUAUCUCCCAAGACAAAUUCCGACUGAAAAUGCUGUCAAAUCACCAGCUGGUACAAUCGUACCAUACGACAAGAGACAAAUUCCGACUGAGCAGGCUGUGAAAUCGCCAUCUGGUACCAUCGAGCCCUACAAACGUACCAUCCCCGAGGAAGUCGCAGUCAAGGCGGACACUCCAGGUAACAUUGUCCAAUACCGUGAUGUGCCGUCUCGUGCACGCAGAGCCACUAUACCUGUGGAAUCUCCAGUGAAGGCACUCACUCCCGGCGACAUUGUACCGUACUAGUUCUCUAUUAGAGGUAUUGGAAUACCCAGUGAAGAAGGUCAUGAUUUGUAGAAGGACGUUACCGACAUUCUGCAUAAACAUGAAUAACGGCUAGUUCGUAUUUUGUGUUCAACGUACGUCGUGCACUGGUUGUCUUCAUUUGGAAUAUAGGAGGAAUGAUAAAAGUGGUGUGAACUGUACAUGUAUAAACCUGAAGAGGAUGUUGUUCCCUGAGGUUCAGCAUUUGCCCCGAUAUUGAACGACCACUUGGUCAUGGGCACAGAGCGCCCUAGCAAGCGAUUUUCAUCAGACUGAGACAGAAAUUAUUUUUAGAACAAAAAACCAAUUCUCAGAAAUCAUGCAUGCUGGUUGAACUCGCUGUAUCAAUCUUUCGGCUG